CUGACGAACAUUUCAACGUUUACUUUGACACUUGACCCGUAUCGCUACUGUUUACCUAAAAUCAAGAACCAUCGGCACUAUACUCCCACGUACUCGAGUACUCGAGUAUAGGUUCGUCACAGUAAACCGUGCAAGAUUUCACUUUAGCUCUUCCCAUCUAACGCGGGUUACUGCAAAGAUGCCUAUCGGAUGGUACCUCGCCCAGGGUCUUUACCCGCUUGGCCCAUCAAGCAGCGAUGACGAAGAGGGCCCCUGCGAGCUGCCCAAUGGUCGAAUCGUCUGCGGCCCGCACGGCCUCGUCGUUUGUGGGAAAUGUACCACGGAUUAUAGUUUCAUGUCCGAAGAUGAUGAGGAUGACGAAGACGAAGAUGACAAUGGCCAUGUCCCCUCUGGCAGUCUAGAAAUAAGAAGAGGCAUGGGUCGGGUCAUCCCUACCAAAUUCGUUCCGCCAACAGCUUCUAUCACGCCAACAGAGCUAUUCCCCGCCCAGCGAACAUCCUCAGGAUAUACCAGAUAUAUCCGCCGCGGUGAUCGCAAAUCGAUUCUCACCUUCACCGAUGGCGCAUGCUUGAACAAUGGCCAACCAGAUCCCAGAGCGGGUUGGGCGGUCGUCCUGGGACCGGGACACGCAGGCGAUCCAGCAAUCGUAUCCAGACGGGUAGAGACCAGGGGACCUUUUGGCGACGAGGGAAUACAAAGCAGCAACAGGGCUGAGCUUCGUGCUGUAAUCGCUACUUUACGCAUCCGAAACUGGGUCCGCGAAGGAUACACCACCAUUGUAAUCGCUACCGACUCGGAAUAUGUAGUCGAAGGAUCUACAACGUGGGCAAGAACUUGGACUGGGAACUCCUGGAGGACAAGAGCGGGUGGAAAUGUCAAGAAUCAAGACCUAUGGGAAAUGCUUCUGGGUGAAUUCGAGAGGUGGAAGGAAGAAGGACUCUCUGUCAAGUUCUGGAGAAUUUCGAGAGAUUGGAACACGACGGCGGAUGCGGCUGCAAAGCAGGCUGCUUCGAUGAAGAAAGCGUAUGAUGUAUUCACGGAUGUGUGACAGGUUUGCUUGGAGACUGGACUAUCAUUUGUACUAUAGUCUAGGUAUUUAUCUCAAAAAAGAAACGGAUAUUACCAUUGGGCAUAGUCCAAAGACGAAAAAGAAUGCUCUUCUAAAUAAAUACACUUAUG